CACCUAGAAAUAGAAUCUUCUUAUCUCUCUCUCAUAUCUCUCUUCUUCUAAGCUAAAGCAGCUCCAACUCGCCACCUAGAGCUGGCAGCGGCAGAAACUCUAUCUCUCCCGUGAAACAACCUUAACUCAAACUGCGCUAAACCCAUACCAUAGACAUAACCAAUUCCCAAUUCCCCCACAGUAGUAAUCAUAAAAAUAGAAGAUGAAGAUGAUUAUAUCAUCCCUCCAAUACUGGCUUGUGAACCACCCAACCAUCCUCCAUUUCUCAUGGACCCAAGGCCAAACCCCAGCCUCCACCCCUCUCUUCCUCUCUCUCAUUCUCAUCUCCUAUCUCUCCCUCACUUACAUCCUCUCUCAUCAUCAUCUCCAACUCCACGCAAUCCCAAUCCCAAUCCACAUCCUCAAACCCAUCUCAGCCCUCCACAACCUCACUCUCCUCCUCCUCUCUCUCAUCAUGGCCAUUGGUUGCACUCUCUCAAGCCUCACACACCCACCUAAUUUUAAUUAUAUCAUUUGUUUCCCACCCAAUACCUCUCCCUCUGGGCCCCUCUUCUUCUGGGCCUACAUCUUCUACCUCUCCAAGAUUUUAGAAUUUGGUGACACCCUUUUGAUCAUUCUCACUAAUUCCAUCCAACGCUUGACCUUCCUCCACGUUUACCACCACGCGACGGUCCUGAUCAUGUGCUACCUUUGGCUACACACUUCUCAGUCUCUGUUCCCUGUGGCACUAAUCACCAAUGCGUUGGUGCACCUCGUAAUGUACACCUACUACUUAUUGUGCGCAAUGGGUGUGCGCCCCAAGUGGAAGAGAUUGGUCACAAAUAUCCAGAUUGUGCAAUUCGUUUUCAGCUUUGCGAUUUCGGGUCUGAUGUUGUAUCACCACUUUACCGGCUCCGGGUGCUCCGGGAUUUGGGGUUGGUGCUUCAAUGCUGUUUUCAAUGCCUCUCUUUUGGCUCUUUUUGUGGACUUUCAUGCUAAGAGUUAUGCGAAUCGGAAGAAGAUGAUGAUGGGUCCCGGUCCCAAGGAUAAAGGAUUAUGAAGAUCUUUACUUUAUUGUACGGUAAUGUUUUAUUAGAAUAUAAUAAUAAUAAUAAUUAUGCUGUUUUGAGAAACAAAUGUUUUAUUCCAAAUUUGGAUUUUAUUUAUGUUGCUGUAGAUAGUUUUUCUAA